AUGUCAGUGACUACAAUAAAUAGCAACAAACUGAUAGGAUAUCAUCUUCAAUUGGGUGGAAAAUUCUACUGCAGCAGGUGGAAAAGUCUACAGCAGCAGGUGGAAAAGUCUACUGCAGCAGGUGGAAAAGUCUACAGCAGCAGGUGGAAAAGUCUACAGCAGCAGGUGGAAAAGUCUACAGCAGCAGGUGGAAAAGUCUACUGCAGCAGGUGGAAAAUUCUACUGCAGCAGGUGGAAAAGUCUACAGCAGCAGGUGGAAAAGUCUACUGCAGCAGGUGGAAAAGUCUACUGCAGCAGGUGGAAAAGUCUACAGCAGCAGGUGGAAAAGUCUACAGCAGCAGGUGGAAAAGUCUACUGCAGCAGGUGGAAAAGUCUACAGCAGCAGGUGGAAAAGUCUACAGCAGCAGGUGGAAAAUUCUACUGCCGCAGGUGGAAAAGUCUACUGCCGCAGGUGGAAAAGUCUACAGCAGCAGGUGGAAAAGUCUACUGCAGCAGGUGGAAAAGUCUACUGCAGCAGGUGGAAAAGUCUACAGCAGCAGGUGGAAAAGUCUACUGCAGCAGGUGGAAAAGUCUACAGCAGCAGGUGGAAAAGUCUACAGCAGCAGGUGGAAAAGUCUACUGCAGCAGGUGGAAAAGUCUACUGCCGCAGGUGGAAAAGUCUACUGCCGCAGGUGGAAAAGUCUACUGCAGCAGGUGGAAAAGUCUACUGCAGCAGGUUGA